AAAAAACUCCAUAUGAUGGUCUGGGACUCGCGUGCGGGGCGCGCCCUUGCCAUGCUCCGGCCCACUUCGUUGAUCUCCCUCAACGUCGAGGGCGUCCUGAAGGCCGACGAUAUCCGUACCUUCUCCGCGUACAUGCGCCGGUACUGCGGUAUCGAACUGCUGGAGACCUUCGCGGUCCGCUCUACACUUGAUCUCAUGCACGGAGGGAGACUGAUCAGCGUCAGACCGCUCGUCCUCGACGAUAUCCAGAUGCUCCUCUCCUUCACGAACCUGGCAGACGUGCACAUCCAGUUCUGCGACGUCCGGCUGAGGGACGCCGAUAUUGACUGCAUCGCGCGGGCGUGGCCUCGGCUGCGCCGAAUGUGUCUGUACCCCUCUCGAAUGAACUUGGCUGAACGACCCGUCUGCACGCUCAACAGCCUACUCUCCUUCGCGGAGCACUGCCCGCACCUCGAAGAACUCCAGGUUCUUGUUGAUGCAACUGCCAUCGUCGUCCCCGACAAAGCCAGCAUCCCGUUCCCUCGUGCGCACGAUGCCCUGCGCGCGCUGAACGUGAUGCACUCGCCCAUAGCAUCCGGCAAGCAGGUCGCAUCCUUUCUCACCCGCUUCUUCCCCUUUUUAGACCCUGAGAGACUUCUAAGCUAUAGCGGGAAUGAGAGGAUGGAAGCGCGUUGGACCUCGGUGAGGCUGAUGAUACCGGUCUUGUUGGACGCUCGCAUCGUUGGGAUACAUGGCGGCUGCAAGGCCUAGAAUAUGGGUCGUCGUAUUGCUGGGUACUAUAUAUCGUCACUUGCAUCCAAGUUGGUACCAAAUAGUUGCCUUUUAUCUCUGACUUGAUCUACCGCAUAUGUCCUUGACUCUUCUAAAUUGCUUGAUACCGAUACACGUACACGUACGUUUUCGCCCGGCUAGCCCUAGUAGUUUGUACGUUCGCUUGAUUUGGACGCUUCCAUCGCCUAUAUCAAUCAAUGUAUUCACAGCA